AUGUCUUCCAAGUCGAAGAGCGGGCAGUCUUCGGGUGGUGGUGGCUUCCACCAGGAGUACAUUGCCUCGCUGCGCUACCGCAAUGACCUCCCUCCCCCGGACAUGCCCCCCAAGUUCCUCGACAUCCCACACGAAGGACUGGACCGUUUCAUCACUCCCGGAUUUGCCUCGAACCUGGCACGGCGCGAGGAGCCGAAUAUAGAUGUCGAUGCCGAAGGUGGCAUGCCCAUUGACCUGGUUGGUAUUCCGGGCCUGCAUUUAGGCGAUGAGAGCGCUAUCAUGGCUCCCGAGCACCCGCAGCCCAUGGACCCGGCUGAUCUCCCGCUUCUGAUGACACUUGAUCAGCUUCGGAAUCCUGCCCCUAAGAACGCCAAUGUCAGCUUCCUCCGUCGCACGCAGCACAUCUCUACUGAGCGUGGUGUCCCUGAGGGCCAGGGCUCGGCUGUCAAAGCCCGCGCACCCUCUUUGAAGAAGGGAAAGACGUCCGUGGAUGAUCCGAAGCAUAUCAAGAAGUACAUCCAGAAGGGCUUUGAUAUCGCCUAUCCUAAGAGCAAGCACACGGGCGAAGACACGGAGAGCCGCAUUCGAGGCCUGCCUCCGACGAAGAAUGAAGUUGAUGCCUGGGCCAAUCCUGUUCACCCUGACAACCCCAAACUGAAGCCAGUGGGAAUCUACCCUGUGCUGCCCGACCUUCAAGGCUUCCCCGAUCCUGGCGGAUAUGUCCAGUUCAAGUUCGACAAGGCCCCCGUCUCAGGGGUUUCUGGCAAGCCCGACAAGCGCAUGGAAGUUGCUCUGCUGCACCCGUCCGCGCCCGAGGAGCGCAUCUGCCAGGACCACGCCUCCAAGGCAGCACUCCACAAGGCCAACCCCAACCUGUACCCGGACCCCGGCCCCGUGCCUUGGGACUACGAACUCUUCCUGCCAGAGAAUCCCGACUCGGCAACGAACAUCCAGUCGAGCAUGAGCAUGACGCACCCGGACCGCGACAACGAAGACCUCUACACGCACGACGGACCCGACGGCACCAAGUUCCACCGUUACGACCGCGUCCGCACCUACGCCACAAGCGCGCAGACGCUCGAUCAGAAACAGCGCGACAUCGCACUCACCAUGUUCCAGCCCUCAGACGGCGAGACCAAGCAGCAGGCCGCUUACUACUACCCGAUCAUCGGCAAGACCCGCCUCAAGCCCGAGCGUGCCCGCACCAUCGCCCAAGCGGGUUUGGCUCCCACCGCGGCGUCGCAGGCCCAGGAAGACAAAAUCGACCAGAUGCAGGUCGUCGUUCGCGAUCCCGAUGAGGCGGAGGUCUACAAACGUUCGUUGCACCGCGCUAACAUCGACCCCAAGUUCGCGAAGACUCUUCCCCCACCCCCUGAGCAGCCUGUUGCUGAGGACGAGGAGGAAGAGGAGCAGGAGCAGGAGCAGGAGCAGGAGGGCGAAGAAGAGGAUACCCACAUGAGUGAUGAGUAA